AUGGUAGAAGAAACAGCCAAAGAGCAGGAAAAGCCGAUCGAAACUUCGAAUGGCUCACAAAUUCCAACCAAAGGUGAGCCUGUGGCUAAAACGCAAGACAACAAAAAGGAUGAUGACGAAGAAGAGCUUUCUGAAGAAGACUUGAAGUUGAAGCACAACCUCGAGAAUCUUGUAGAGCUGCUAAUUGAGGACAAGUCCGAGCUCCACGAGGAUGCUCUUUCGCAAUUGAAGGAUUUGAUCCGUGACUCCACCAGUUCCAUGACGGCGGUUCCAAAACCUCUUAAGUUUCUGCGUCCAUACUAUCCACAGCUUUGUAGCGUCUAUGAAAAAUGGCAGGAAGCCAAACUUAGAUCGCUUUUGGCUGAUGCUCUAUCGGUGCUGGCAAUGACGUACUCGGAUGAAGGCAAGAGGGAUUCUUUACAUUUCAGAUUGUUGUCCGAGGAGAAGAACAUCGAAAAUUGGGGUCACGAAUACGUGCGUCAUCUGGCACUUGAGAUUGGUGAAGUAUACAACGAGCAGGUCGAAAAGGAGGCCGGAGAAUCCUCCGAAACUUCUCCGGAGCCGUUGUCAACCUCAAAAUCAGAAGCUACAUUCGAUGUAUCCAAAGAGUCCCUCAUUCAGCUGUCCUUGGACAUCGUGCCAUACUUUUUGAAACACAAUGGUGAAGCCGAUGCGGUGGAUUUGCUGCUAGAGAUUGAAUCUAUCGACAAACUGCCACAAUUUGUGGAUGACAACACGUUUCAACGCGUUUGUCAAUAUAUGAUUGCAUGUGUCCCACUUCUACCUCCCCCCGAUGAUAUUUUUUUUCUCCAAACGACAUAUUCGAUCUAUCUCAGGGAACUGCAAUUAACAGAAGCACUUGCUUUAGCUAUCAGGCUAGAUGACGAGUCUCUGAUUAGAGCUGUUUUCGAUGCUACUUCAGAUUCUGUUAUUCACAAGCAACUUGCAUUCAUCUUGUCUGCUCAGAAAUCGUCUUUUCAGUAUGAAGGUGUUCAAGAUAUCAUAGGCAAUACAAAGCUAUCUGAACAUUUCUUGUUCCUAGCCAAGGAAUUGAACUUGACAAUUCCAAAGGUCCCCGAGGACAUUUACAAGAGUCACUUAGACAACUCGUCCAAGGGCGCAUUUGCUGGAACGGGUCUAGAUUCUGCUCAACAAAAUUUAGCAGCAUCAUUUGUUAAUGGAUUUCUGAAUCUCGGUUAUUCAAGCGAUAAAUUGAUUGUUUCUGACGAUAACUGGGUUUACAAGACGAAGGGUAGCGGCAUGACGUCUACCGUUGCUAGUAUAGGAUCCAUAUAUCAAUGGAACCUGGACGGGUUACAACAAUUGGACAAGUACCUUUACGUGGAAGAACCUGAGGUCAAAGCUGGCGCCCUGCUCGGCAUCGGGAUCUCGGCAUCAGGCGUUCAUGACGGCGAUGUAGAACCUGCUAUGUUGCUGUUGCAGGAAUACGUAACCAACCCUGACAAAAAAUUAAGCUCGGCUGCUAUCCUAGGUUUAGGCAUUGCUUUUGCUGGCAGCAGAAAUGAUGAGCUUUUGGGACUAUUGCUUCCAAUUGCUGCUGAUACAAAUUUGCCCAUUGAAACAUCUGCUAUGGCCUCUAUGGCUUUAGCUCACGCAUUUGUGGGUACAUGCAACGGAGAUAUAACCACUGCUAUCGUGGAUAAUCUAUUAGAACGCACUGCGACUGAGUUAAAAACUGAAUGGACAAGAUUUCUAACGUUGGCUUUAGGCAUCUUGUACCUGGGUCAAGGUGAUCAAGUAGAAGAUGUGUUGGAGACCAUAUCGGCAAUCGAUCACCCAAUUACUUCAGCCAUUGAGGUUCUCAUCAACGUAUGUGCAUAUACCGGCACAGGGGAUGUCUUGUUGAUCCAAGAUCUAUUACAUCGUUUAACUCCAAAAGAGAAAAAGGACGAGGAGGAAGAAGAAAAUGAAGAUGAGAAUGCCGGCGAUUUAGAGGGCGCGAUUUCCGAAGGACUCACAGAAUCUUUAGACCUUGCUGGUAAGGAGGAGCAGGAACCGGAAACGACGGUAAAGCAGGAGGAUAAGAUGGACGUUGAUGAAGAAUCAGACAAGAAAAUCGAGAACGACGAUACCACAGGCGACGAAGAACUAAGCAAGAAAAAGGAAGAAGAGGAGAAGCAGUAUGCUCUUAUAGAUGAACUGACUUAUGCAGUCCUUGGAAUUGCAAUGAUCGCCAUGGGUGAAGAAAUUGGCAAGGAAAUGUCAUUGCGUCAUUUCAGUCAUUUGAUGCACUACGGUAAUGAACACAUUAGAAAGACUGUCCCAUUGGCUAUUGGGCUUUUAUCUGUCUCUGACCCUCAAGUAAAAAUAUUUGAUACGCUCUCGAGAUUUUCACAUGAUGCUGAUUUGGAUGUUUCAAUGAACUCGAUAUUUGCCAUGGGUCUUACAGGUGCGGGUACUAACAAUGCCAGGUUGGCUCAACUCUUGAGACAACUAGCCAGCUAUUACUCGCGGGAACAAAAUGCACUGUUCAUCACUCGACUAUCCCAGGGCUUGGUUCAUCUCGGGAAGGGAACAAUGACGUUUGAUAUUUUCAACGACGCACAAGUUUUGAACAAAGUCACAUUGGCAUCUUUACUCACUGUAUUAGUGGGUUUGGUCACACCUUCAUUUAUGUUGGACCACCAUUAUCUAUUCUACUACCUCAACAGCGGCGUCAGACCUAAAUACAUUUUGACCCUCAACGAAGAGGGAGAACCAAUAAAGGUCAACGUUAGAGUGGGUCAGGCCGUUGACACGGUUGGCCAAGCUGGUAAGCCCAAAACGAUAACGGGCUGGAUAACGCAUUCAACACCGGUGCUUUUGGGGCAUGGUGAAAGAGCAGAACUUGAGACAAACGAAUACAUAAACUAUGCCAGCAGACUUGAAGGUGUGGUGAUCUUGAAGAAGAAUCCUAAUUAUCGCGAGGAAGAGUAA